AUAGCAAUCCAACUCAGCUAACUCAGCUAACAUACGUCUGUGCUGAACAACAUCACACUGAGAGUGAUGAGGGAGGAGAGACCCAUCUACCCACCCAGACAGAGCACAGCCAAUUGUGCUCUCUCUCUCUCAGACUCCGGCUGCUGAUGACCUGGGAUUCAAACCAGCGAUCCUCAGAUCAUAGUGACAGCGCCUUAAUCUGCAGGACCACUCUGAGUUCAUUUCACAGGUAUAUUUCACCAGCAGUUCGAAUUGACUCAGGCUGGGGCUAUGCGGUGAUGGACGAGGAAAACGUGAUGCAGCUUGUAUUUCAAACUUCAUACUGCAGGCAAGCAGGACGACGAUGAUGAUGAUUGUCCUGGAACAUGAGCCUACCACAGGACAACAGUGUAAGCCAAGGCUGCGAGAAUGUGAGGAGCAGGAUGAUGAUGGUGAGUGUGAUGAUGCGGCUUUGGAGGAGGAAGAUGCUCUGCUGGAGCUGCUGAGAAGCCCACUGUCACCCUGGAGAGAGGAAUAUUCCUGGAGUCCUCAGGCCUUAGCCUUGAGAGAACUGGCAGUGAAGACUCCAGAAAUUCUUAAAGACAACUUCAUUUAUUCAUUCUUCACAGUUCUGCGCAUUGUAGACAAGAGGGUCUCUGUCAUUGAUGAGGGGCUGCUGAGGUUCAGCUGUUUGGAAGAGCUGGUGCUGAGUGCUAACAACAUCACUACACUUCCUCCAGAGAACCUUCCAAAGACACUGCAGGUCCUGGAACUUUACGCCAAUCAUAUUUCAAGCCUAAAGAGCCUCAGCACCCACCCUCCUCCUCCUCAUCUUCAGCAUCUAGGCCUCGGGAACAACACCCUCAGUCACCCAGAGGACCUCCAGAUAUUUACUGCAGACCUCUGGCCACAGCUGCUGUCUCUAGAUCUAAGCUGGUCUGGAUUUACAGAGCUAGCUGUUGUAGUGGAGGCUCUCUCAGGCCUGCCUCGUCUGCAGAGUUUAGUUCUAGAGGGCAGCCCCCUGACCCUCACGCCCUCUUACCCAGGCUUUGUGCUGGACAGCCUGUUACGCCUGCUGUACCUAGACGAAACUCGAGUAACGCCAGACGACCGCCACCGCUUUAAUGGCCUCGCUCAAUUUAAAGUUUGUGAGGAGGCGGAGGUCACGGUGUGUGUUCUGAAGAUGAGGGGUGUUCCUAGACCUGCUUUGCCACUGGACGAGUUUCCCCUGGUCAGCCACAGCUAUUCUGUCUCAUAUGAAUUCCUCGACCACCCUCAGUCCCAGGAUAGUGAGCAACAUGGGGAAGAAGCAUCAAGCUCAUGUUCUCCAGAAGAUCAUCUGAAAACAAGCAGAGGAAGACAGAACCAAGCAAUGAACAACACAGCGAAGCAAGAAUGGGCUGAAACGAUUGAGUUUAAUUAUAGAAAAACUCAUCACAGUCGUGACCUGACAGCACUGAAGAACUUUUUACUUCGAGGUCUUUGGCUCAGCGUUGAAGAGGAGAAGGUUCUGUCCUGGCCUGCACCUCCUGAAGAAAGUGCAGGAACUAAAACAUCAGCAGACAAGAAAGGAAAAGAGAUUACAGAUAUGGGGCAAAAAUCAAAAGACAAGAAGAAGAAAAAGGAAUCCAUGCUCAAUCUGAUACAUGAACCCCCUGUCAAACAUACCCUCGCCUCGGUUCACGUGGAACUCAAAGACCUGCUGGAGGGAAAGAAUCAAAUUCAAGUAAAGUGUGACCUGGGGGUGCUGUUCUCAGAAAAGAGCAUGAGGACCACUGUGAGCCGUGACAAGGAGCAAAGUAAGAGGCCUAAAGAAGUAAAGAAAGAGGAGAGGAAAAACAUCUCAAGUGGAGAAACGAGUGCUCAGAGGACUGGAACAUCUUCUAAAGGUAAAGGUAAACGACGGGUGGAGAAUGAGACUCCAUCUGCUCCAGCUGAUGACCUCAUGCAUUCCAGCAUGGAGCCGCUAGUUGUGGAGUUCAGUGUGCAGCUUGGCAGAGUGACGUCUACUUCCCAAUUCACAAACCCACACUGUUCUACAACAACACUGUCUGAUCUUUAGGGUGGCCAGAGGGUCAGGAGUGGUUACAAUAUUACUUUAUAAUUAAACAUUUUUAGACAAUUGCUCAUCUAACAUUUCUUCUGAAACCAGUGUUUAAUAAAGAACUUUGUUUCCUCUUCUGCUGAA